CUGACUCCUGACUGCGCAUGCGCCAAAUCAGGACAUUGGGACGGUCUACACGUUUGGGUGGAAACGGGUCCAGUUGACUUCUUUGAAAAGCUGCAGGAAUCAUGGGAGCCGUGUUCCUGCCAGCAGAUGCCGCGCACUCGGUGCUGCGGAGGCUCCCAAGAGCAAACUUCUUCUUGGAGGAGAUGAAACAAGGGAACAUUCAGCGGGAAUGCAGGGAGGAAAUCUGCAGUUAUGAAGAAGCCAGGGAGGCAUUUGAGAAUGAUGAGAAAACGAGGCGAUUCUGGGAGGAGUACCAGCGUGAAAGUAGCCCCAGGCCUGGAGGACUGGAGUCCAUCGCUGGUGGCGUUCAUUCCCUGUACCUGAUCUUACCCCUGCUGCUGGUUUUGCUGCUCAUUGCUGCAGUUUCCAUCACAGUUUGGAGAUGCCACUCACGCAAAAGAUCCCAGCAGAGUCCUGCCAUUGGGCGCCCACAAAGAGACACAACCCUGUCAGUGGUGUCAAUGGACCAGUGGGGUCGGGACUACCAUCCUGACAUCAGUCCUCACUCAGAGAUCAGUGCCCACAGUAGCCCCGCCUACCCAGGCGCUGACCUCACACCUGGGCGGGGCAGUCGGGGUGACCCUCCCCCUUCAUAUGAAGAAGCUGUGGGCCAUACAGAUAUACAGAUUGAAGCAGAGCCUCCACCACAAUAUGAAGACAUCAUCAGUAACACGGUUAUCAUCUCCCAUGGAAAGUGACGGGUCUUCCAGGCAUGUUAUCCACUCUCAUGUAGGGAUGCAUUUUGAUAGCAAUACUGUAAACCCUGUCAUUCCUUACCGGCUGUGUCUCUCUUCUCUUUUAUAGCUGAUGUUUUUGCAGGAUGUGAACACGUUUGGCCGUUUAUUUUUUAAGUACUAGAAGUAUUUUUUUACAACUUCACUACUAAAAUGACAGGCUUUUCAACUCCAGCACUAGCAGAACAGCUAAACUUCUUUACUUAAUGUGAAGAGAAAACAACUUAUGCAAUAACAUUAUUCUUAGUACCGUUACAUUGUUAAAACUUUGAAUUGCGUUGACUUCAGAGAUUUUCACAGAACUCAUAACCGCAUGAAUUCUAAUCCUAGUCCAAAUCCAGAGACAAAGUACUGUAAGUUAGUAAAUCCUAUGAGUGUCAGAACAUCUUACAAAUGAACUGAAUAUUUGGUCAGUUGUGGCCUCUCAUUGGACAACUAAAACAUAAUUGUAAGUAAUCAGUUUCAGAGGGAAAAAAUGCACAAUAUUUUCAGGAAGUUGUAAAUUUGAAUGUUUACUGACAUUCUGUACUUCAAGGUUCAUUGUAACCUUUAUCGAAAGCCAUCUAUCUCUAUGGAAUUGCAUAGACAUCACAAUGCAUUGGAUUCACAGCCUCACUGAAAUUUUGAUAUAGGGUUGAUUUUUCUUUUCCACUAGUUGAAGUGUUAGAUUUGGUUAGCAUGUUCAGCUAAAUGGAUAACAAUUACUAAUGAUAAUGCAUUGCUGAUAACAUUGACCAAACAAAUUCAAUCCUGAUUUUAUGUAGCAUCGUGGUUGUUAAUGAUGAAUCAGACUAAGUGGGCACUUAGUUUAUGUGUGAGGUUUUGCAUUUCGGAAAAUAAAAUACUGAAAGGGAUCGAUCGCCCAAACAUAUAAAUUUGCUCAAUAUUUAAUCCAUCAAACUCAGUCUAUCCAAGAUGUUGAUGAGUUUGUUUCUUCAAUAAAACAGAUUUGGAGAAAUGUAGCAUUACAUCACUUGCUCACUAACAGUUAUUUUGCAGUGAAUGGGUGCCAUCACAAUAAUCCACAUGAUUGUAGUCCACUAGUUAACAUAUUGUGCAGUGAAAAGCUGCAUGUUUGUAAGAAACAAAUCCAACAUUAAGAUGUGUUAAACCAUUGCUUCUGGCCAAAUUACCAGUCCUCUAUCCGUAAUAAAAACA